GCGCUACGUAUACUAGUACGGUAAAAAUACCGUAAACUGUACUGUAUAUCUUUACUUUUGAUGAGUGAAGUUUAUUACUAUACACUCAUAACCUUAAAAUUAUAGACAAAGUAUUAAUGUAAAGAAACGUGCGAUAGUAAUAAAAAAAUUAAUUGAAGUGAAUUACUUGUGAAUAGAAUAUUAAUGUAUGUCAAGUGAUGGCAUUUUUACAAAUUCUUAAUUCUAAUAUUUUCUCACCAUCAAAAGCUUCAUUUGCGAAGUUAUAAACAGAUUUCCAAUUAUUGGAAAUAAAUAUUGGACGGAUUUUAUUGCCUCUGUUAAUCAGAAUAUUGCAUUGCCUAACGUUGAUGACUAUAUAUAAUAACACAUGAUUGUCUUCCGGAAAUGUAUAAAAACGCGCCAGUAAAUGAUCAAACAAUGGAAAUUGUUCCGUGUGAUCAUGAAAUAGAGAAUGUUGCCCAGGCUAAAAGAGAAAUAGCUGAUAAUAAUAAUAAUAAUAAUCUAUUAGGAGAUGAUAUUCAAAAUUGGCUAUUAAAAAAUGCAAACGAGGAAAAGUGGAAGGAACCCAGAGAAGAGCUGUGCAAAAAGGGUUACUUUCUUUGGGAAGAGUACGCGAUGUUGUAUUAUUUGAUGAAGAGUGGGAAGUACAGUAGACAGUUCAACAGCGAAAAAAUUUGGAGUUUGAUGAAAAAUGAGUAUGAGUUCUUACCCCAUCGUUCUACUAAAUCUUUGGCUACCCAUUUCGAACAGAUAUUGCAGUGGGGUUUGUCACAGUUCCAUGUGUCUGAUGAAGUUAUUGCCACCAUCAUUAGUCAUCGUAUCACGGAAUAAAGUUAUACAUUAUGUCUCACAUUAUUUUUAAUAUUUUUAUCUUAGUUAAAUUGUUAAAUGAUAAACAAAAAAAAAAAAAAAAAAUCAUUUUCCCCGUCUUAAGGUAGUUCUUUCCCAACCUAUAGUUUAUGCUACUGCUGUCUUUGUCACUCGCUAGUGUCGCCUCUCUUACGGGCUAUUGCUCACUUACUUCCACGCAUGACUUUAUUUGUUUACUUUACUAGUAUAUCAAUGAUUUCUCAAUAACUAUGUGGUAGGGAAUUCCAGAAUUUUGUAGGGUAAUUAUACAUGUAUUAAUCUAAGUAAUACAAAAAUAAUAAAACUU